GGACAGCCACAAAACAUACGUCAAUAGCUUUGUGAUGAAAAAGCGAAUUUUUUGAGUAUGAGCGGGAAAGCAGCAACAAUUUCAUUGAUACUGAAACAUUUUUCAAGUGAAAAAGAUGGACCACCAAGCUCUUCUACGUGCAGUAGAGACGUCCGAUUGUGCAGUUUUUAUCAGGUGGUACGAGAGAGUGGAAUCUGAGAAUAUCUCGGCCGUUAGAGAGUCAGUUGAUCGCCUAUCCAAAAAAGACCUGAGUGGAAUAUGGACGGUUUUCACCAAAUGGGUUACACAAAAGACCAAUUUAUUGAAAGAAAAUCCAAAUUCCCCCGAAAAUGAUUCAAUCAUGACUACGUUACUCGUCAUGUCAACCAUGGCUACUUACACCAUCCACAACAUGUCUAAUAAUGAGCCUCAAGGAUUACAGCCAUCUGUAAAAGCUAUGAAUGGAUCUUUGAAGUUUGUAACCUGUAAAACAGCAGCAACAAGUAUUUGUAAAAUGAGUGAACACUACUGGAAAGUUCAUCCUGAACUUGAAACUUUUCUGUCCAUCAAUACCAUCCAAUGGUUUCUUACUCAAGCUAUUCAUCCAAAAGCUACACUAGUUUCAGUGAAACAAUUAUGGGACAUGAAACAAUCUAUUGAGAAGCUAAAUGCUUUGAUCCUUGAAAGUUCUGGGUUGUUGACAUUGUUUCUUUCUGCCGUUUCCAAUUCCAAAUUUAUCGGUUCCAAUGAAGGACGAAAAUGUAUUGCUUGCUUGUUUAACUUUAGUACAGUUAUUGUACAGAUGCUGCAAAAAACAGUGAAAAAGUUUAUCCCGCUUGCAACAGUGAACGAUUGCGAGUCAUUGGGAGAGAUUUAUUUUAAGGCGUGGAGAAUGGCAUCUGAAGAACGCCGUGCAGACAUAGAAUUUGCUAUUCAAGAUCUUAUGUACCAUGCAGUCGUAGCUUGUCGCAAACCUUUAGGAGUCAUUGAAGGUGGAGUUAAUAAGGUGCCUAUGAACAAACUGCUUUUCCAUCUUCUACAUUCCAUCCAUCGUCAGCGAAAACAGCGCACUGUUGCAGUCCUUAUUCAUAGCCUUUAUAAACCUAUUCUGUGGCGUUAUCUGGAGGCGUCCAACGGCUUGGUGCGUGGGAAUGCGUUGUGUUUAUUUUUUGACGCCUUCCCAUUCGAAAGUGGAGAAGGGUUUGAGGAAGAUGAAGCUGUACGUACGAAGCAGUGGGCGAUAAUGCUUGGUGCCUUGAUGGACCCCGUACCCCUUGUACGAACAAUCGCAAUACAGGGCACAUGUCGGAUUCUAUCUCAAUACUGGGAAAUAGUGCCAAUUAAUAUCAUUCAAGACUUCAUUACAUGUCUGAUGAGAAAGUUGCUAUAUGACUCAUCCUCCGCUGACGUCCGUGCUCAUGUAGUGAAGGGUUUGGUAAUGAUGUUAGAGAGCAAACAAACCCACAGUCUUCUUGAGAAAAUGCUUCCCGUUACCAACAAAGUACUCCAUGAUCCCAAUGAAAAAGUACGGUCUGAAUAUGUCUUUUUGCUAACGCACGUCCAAAAAUUAAGAGUUAGCAAACUAUGGGAGGUAAUCGAUGUAAAUCAAUUAGUUGGUCGGCUUGCAAUGGAAACCUCAAAAAACGUAUGUCGUCGUCUCACAACUCUUUUGGCCCCGUUCUAUUGUCCCAAAAGUACGCCAGAAAUAGUUUUCCAGCGCUGUCUACGUCUUAUCAUUGAUAACCGGUUAGCUUCUAGAAAAUUUUACCAAUACAUAGAUAUAUGUGUGGGGAUUGAGCAAAUUGCGCAAUUGAUCCUAAUCAUAUGGAAGUUUUUGCGUAAUCAUACCCACAAACAGUUGCAGCGCAAUAAAAGUAGCCAGCAAAGAGAGGAAACAGCUAAUCAACGGCGCCCUUGUGGAGCCAAGAGGUCUCGACAAGGCGAAGGUGCGGAAAGCAUUCCAAAUAAGAAUGAAAACGAGGACAAAGAAAAUCAAGAUGGAUCCACCGACAGUGAGGAAGCUGGCAAUGAAGAAUUUAGUGAAUGCAGCAUCAUUGGAUUGAUCGAUGUAGUGUGUAUCCUUCUCAGCGUAAACAAGACGAAAUUCAAGGCACCACAAAACGGUGUGUAUUGGGAGAAUAUCAAGUCACGUUUUACAAAAACGUGUUCGCUUUUCUUCCGCUAUUUCAAGAACUCGGAAGGUCUUCGACCGCUUAUUUGCCUGUAUGGCUUGAUGUCUUCGUCAUCGUCCACGUUGCUGUUUAGUUUUGUCAAAUCUCAACUGAAAUCGCUAACGGAUGAAGCGACAAGUAAGGAGUUUAGCUAUUUGGUAGACGUCAUGUGCACUUGGGGCCGCGGAGAAGAUUUAUUAGAUCUAAUAACUGAUCACCUCCAAGGAAAUCUAAUGAAUUUGACAACCGAAAAGUCUCCCGUUUCCGUUACUCGUAGACGCAAAGCUACUAGGAAAAAGCGAGUCUCCUUCGAAACACUCAAGGACAGUAAGCCUUUGUUGGGAUUACGUUGCAUGGGGUACAUUUUACAGCACCCCUACAACAAGAAGAUAAUUUUGCGCAAAAAUUUAGAACAGAUAGAAAAGCUGUGCGAGACACUAAAUGCUGUGUUAUUAAUUGUGGAAAACGAUUCCAACAAGCUAACCAACCGGGAAAGUUUCUUAUUUGGUGCAGCUUCUUUAUACGUGAAAAUGGUCCUGGUAUUAGCUUGUUCGUAUAAAAGAGAAAAGUCUGAUUUGAAGUAUGUGGAAUCACAAGGAAAAAUUAUUGAAAUACUCAGCUGGAUGAAGAGGUUAAUGGAAAAUUCAGACCAAAACCCAAUUCUAGGGGAUCUGCUGUCCUCGGCAGUUUCCUCCAUCAGUAACUUGGUCAUGACUCACUCCAUGACUUGGGACGUCUUUCGUCAGUUUUUGGAUGUUGUUCUUCAAGUAGUUACGAACUAUCCGUCAUUGAAGAACCUGACUCUCUCAAUGAACUGUUCAUACCAUGCCUUGGUUUUUGUUUGGAGCGAGCGUACUAUAGGAAACGAAUGUGAUGUUGAAUGCGAAAGCCAGAUUAAUCUGAUCAUCAACUGGGUUUUGGAGUGCCCUAGCUUAAUGAAAUCGCCUGGUAGUAACACGAGCUUCGGCCUAGAUGAGGACGACUGGUCCCUUGUAAGAGAUAUUGUAAAGAAGAUCUUGGAAGAAUGUCAUCGGCAUCGCCCGGAAAAACACGAAAGUAUACGUGAAAUCGUGCGCAAGAUGGCAGAUACCAUUAGAUUGGAUAUGAUGCAGCAUCAGUCGCCUGGACAAGGAGAUGGCGAAAAGGACGCGGAUGAUGUAAUUUGUCAGAAUCCGUUGUCAAAAGCUAUAAUUGCAGCAUUCUGUACUCAAAAUGCAUUGGCGAAAAUGAUGCUGGAUGAAUUUUUUGAAGUAUUCCAGGACAACGAAAAUGAAACGACCUUAGUCGAUUGUGUUGUGAUUGCAAGACUGCUGGAAGGCCUGGGUCAAAAUAAAGGUCGGAUAUCACCGAGUACCUUGACCAGCGCCAUCGUUUCCUUCGAAGAUUUGUGGUCAACUAUAGGAGAAAUCGAAAAAAGUUCUAAUUCCGAUCGAGUUGCUUAUGUCAGCGUCACUAUUACCGAGCUGAAGAAAGCUUUUUCAGUGUAGCCUCUACAGGAUAUCGUGAAACCGUAAAAUGUUAUAAAUCAAAUGAAAACCUUUUAAGACGUAUCACAGCGUUUGAUUCUAGAAUAAUGCACAUGGGGUGCAAAACGGAAU